AUGGCGGUUGUUAGUAGUGCCAGCAUUCCCGACUUGCGGCACGCCAGCCAGCCAGCUGCAGGUGCCCUGUCAAGCAAUGCAUCUCUCCUAUCGCAUGGACUCAAUGAUAGCAGGUCUCGGGCCCGCUCUGAUGGAAGCGCCCUCAACAGGCAGCUUUUGAGCAGUUCCGGCCCACUCACUCGCGAGAACCUUGCUGCCCUCCCUGUCCAUUCUGCUACACUUCCUGGCCGUCUACGAGCUCAAACACUCACCCAGAUGGACUUCCGCCCGGGCGCCUCGGCCAGACCGGCGCUGGCCCGCGUGACCACCAUGGACAGUUGUCGAGCAUCCAUAUUGACCGAUAGCACCGAGUUCAGCACUUCCAGCACCAUCAACCGCGGCUAUGCCGCUCGAAUUGAUGUCAAUGGCAAAGUCAAACCGCUCUCUUCCACCCCAGGCCGACACGAUUGCCAGACGAUUGCCUUCCUCGAGGGUCCCUCGGACUCGCUGGACUACAAAACCUAUCGACCGGGAGACGAGAUCAAGGGCGCCGUCCAUCUUCUCAAGGACGACCCCGAGCGUGGCCAUGUGACUGGUAUCAAGGCGCGCAUUCGAGGCGAUCUCGAGACCAGUGUUUUCGGCGUGGGUGACUCCAGCUACUACUCGAUGGAUAACGAGCAUGGGAUUGCCCGCCGACAGCUCCUCUUCUUCUCGGAACAGAAGACGAUCGCUACCAAGAUUGACCUCGCAGCAGGGGUCUUUGAGCUUGCGCAGACCGGUCUCGUUGAUCAUGGACGUCGCAACAACCUCGCUGUGCCUUUCAACUUUGUGCUGCCGUACAAACUGCACGCUUCGGCUCUCGACAUGCUCGACAGCAAACUCAAAAAGUCGUUCAAGCGAGGCAAGCGUUACAUCGAUCUGCCCCCUUCCGUUGACAUGGAGACUCGCUAUGCUCCACCUAAACCCAACCAACUCUUUGGUCAAGUGAAAGAGAAGCUCCACGGCCAAAAGUUGCGACCCAUGGCACGUAUCAAGUACGAGAUCGACAUCAUCGUCAGCCGUCAACGGUUUGGAUCAACGCUGCUGCCACACAAGCGAGGCGAGCGCAUCAUUCUGUCUUUUGCUGUCGAGCCAUAUCCUCCUCGUACUGCCGGCCUUGCUGUGCCCACGAUCGAGCCUAUCCGCGCACGUCGUACCACCUCUCGCACCGACCGACCUGCUUCUGCAGACCGCGACGCUUCUUCGGAUGCUGCCUCGGUCAUGUUCGGCGACAUUCAGGAGGAAGAGACGAUCGAUGAAGAUUCUUGGACUUCCGAUCUUGGCGGCUUCCGUCCGACGCAGGAAGUCUUUGGUGCUCUUCCUCGUGAAGAAGCACCGGCGUUCGCACCAAGCACUUUGACCCGCUCCGUCUCAGCAAGGCCAGGACUUUCUGGUGUGCGACGCAAGAGCUACAUCAAUGUCAAGGAGGGUGUCGAUGGCCGCAUGAAGGGCUGGCUCACGCACUCACUUGAAUGUGCUCUUCCAGAUGGCAGCGGUCCCUUUGAGGCGAUUCUGUCGGUCCCUGCUAUGGCUGCUCUGUACAUGGAGACCAAGAUUCCCUUCAGCCUCGAGCUUCGAAUGCCUGAGCGCCUAGUCGGAUCUUACGUCCCUGACGUCGAGCUCGGCCUGGUACGAUCCGUCAUGACCUAUUCGCGUCUCGGAACCCUCGUCAUCGAGAAGGAGGAUCCUGAUAAUCUCGCCGGAUUCAGUGGACCCCACUCCUGGUCUGAACGCAUCCGGCUCGUCAACAUUGAUCGACAGCCGAACAACCAUCUCCCGCCAUUCUAUGAGCAGGGGCAGGGUCGGCAGAUCUACACGGGCAACUUUGCCGUCGGAAGAUACGAGAAGAUGAUCAAGGCAGGCUCCUCAGCGCCGCUCAAGCAGAAGCUCAUCCAAGAACCAGAGCUGCGCCUCGUCGUGCCCAGCUUCUCGUUCAAAGCCCUCCGCAUCGAGUAUCGUCUUCGAGUCAAAGUCUCGCUUCCUAGUGGCGAUGAUGCAGAGCAGGGGCCCUCGACAUCUUCGUUAGCAGCUGCUUACAGUGCUACCAAGCAUCUAGUCAUGGAAACGCCGCCUGUCCAUGUGGCUGCCAAUCCCGAUACUGUCGACUUCACGAGACAACAGACUGCCGAGUCGCUGGACGACGAUGCCCUGUCGACCAUCGACGUGCUCGAUGAAGAUGAGGAGCGUCUCAUCGAGGCCUCCGCCUCUCGCAUGGUCCGUUCGCCCAGCACACCUUCCCCUCCGACUGAAGUGGUCACUCAUAACGACGAGGACGACGAUGAAGACUACUCGGCUCAAGCCACACCUUUGGCCCGCACACCUCUUCGACGCUCGCUUGACAUGAUCGCUCUCACCAAUCUCAACGCCAUCAGCGACGAGAAUGCUGCUGCCUCCACCGUCGAAGACGAAAACCUCGUCUCCUCGGCGGCCUCCAUCAUCAGCGAGUCCAGCUUUUCCGCACUUGAGGUACCUUCGCUCGAUCCCAUCCCCGAUGAAGUCGAUGUCGAUGAGGAAGAUGAACUUACCGAGCAACUCGCUCUUGGUCUCAUUGACCGCGAACAGGCAGCUGCCGUUGCGGCUUGCUCUCGUCAUCGCGCCACCAUUACUCAAUCUCAACGCCCCAGCAACGCACUCCCUAGUUACUCGGACAGUAUCGGCAUCCUUGACUUCCCAGCCCCAGCUCCCAUGUUCAAUCGAUCAUAG